GUGAAGCGUUGCGUGCGGUUGUCUCCACACUCCAUAAAACAAUUUUAAGUACAUCAUUUUCAAUUAGUCUCUCGCUUGACUUGAUCAAUCGCCGCUGCGUUUUCAGUGUGGUGUUUUGAUUUCUAACCAAGUGUUUUUCUCUCUCUAGAUUUAACUCGUGCCACGCCCACACGCCCCCGUCAAUAUGUUUGUGCUACGCACGUUGCUGCUGCUGGCAGUGAGCGCCACUGUGGCUCUUGCCCAGCGUCGUCUUGCACUGCCGGAUCCGAGGAGCUGUGCCAACCGUGUCCGUCAUGCCACGUAUCGUGAUGCCCGAGGCGUCUCACACUCCUACUUCUUCAGCUGGGAGCAUGCGCCGACGCGCAGCCUGGAGGUCGACUGGUUGGAUGCACGCAACAUUUGCCGGCGGCAUUGCAUGGACGCCGUCUCGCUGGAGACCCCCCAGGAGAAUGACUUUGUGAAGCAGCGCAUCGCACGUGGCAAUGUGCGUUACAUCUGGACGUCGGGCAGAAAGUGCAACUUCGCCGGCUGUGACAGACCCGAUCUGCAGCCGCCGAAUGAGAACGGUUGGUUCUGGUCGGGAUCGGGUGGCAAAAUUGGUCCCACCUCGCAGCGCAACACUGGCGAUUGGUCCCAGACGGGAGGUUACAAUCAACCGCAGCCGGAUAACCGUGAGGCCGCCCAGGGCAAUGAUGAGAGCUGUCUGUCCAUACUGAACAACUUCUACAAUGAUGGCAUCAAGUGGCACGAUGUUGCAUGCCACCACAUCAAGCCAUUCGUCUGCGAGGAUUCCGAUGAGCUGCUCAACUUUGUGCGCUCCCGAAAUCCCAAUGCCCGUUUGUAAAUUUAAUUUUAAAUAAUAAGCGAAAAUCAAAAGAAAACAAAAAGAAACGAAAAACAGGAAAAAAAAAAGAAUAUUUAUGUAGCAUUAAAACGAAGCAUUGAUUGAGUCUUUGAUUGAUUGAUUGACUGCUUCCCAACGCGCUUUGGCCAAUUCCGUUCAUAUUUUUAUUAUUUUUAUGGUUUUGUUUGCAACAAAUUCUAAAAACAAAAAUUUGAAUAACAAUUUCCGUGUCGAUUCGCGCAUGAAAAACAAAAUUGUUAAAUAAUUUUAAAAACAUAUUGUUAAUAAUAAAUACAAAUUGAAGCGAA